AGUGUGGCGCACGCCGGCGGCCGACGCGGUCUUUAACGUGUUACUGGAGAGAACGGGCCGACGAGGGGAGACGAGGCGUCGCGCGUGUCGUAACACUUCCCGUUAAAUUCCCUCUCCCCUCCCUUCAAAUUCCCGCCCAACAUCGGUACACAUUUUAACCAGGCUGCCAAUUUUUAUUUUUUUUCCACCUCUCGUGACUGAUGAAUUUUUCGGCGACGUAAACAUUGCCGGAACAGUGGGGCAUGGCGGACUGACGUGGCUUCGGGCUGGACGGAUAUUCCGCGGGUUUCCGUAGUUCUACGUUAUAAUUAAUUUAAAUAUAUAUAUAUAUAUAUAUAUAAAUUUUAUUUUCGAGUUCGCGGGCCUGCAGACCCCGUGGCGGCGGCGCGGGGCGCGGCAGCGGUGCGGUCACUCACGCCGGCACAGGAAGCAGGAGCUCUACACAUCGCCUCGCGGGGAGAGCGCCGGCUCCGGAGAUGAUCAUAUCCAAGGAUCUGUUCCUUCUGGGCGACCAAGACUACCUGCGGCUGCCCAAGGACGACAAGCGAGACAUGGUGCGACCUGUCGCCAAGCCACAAAGGGUGGACGCGCUGCCCAGCACGGCGCUGCACCUGCCCUGGCCGGACCAGCGCGCGCAGCUGCCGCAGAAGCCCGUGGAGCUGGUGUUCAGCGGGCUGACGGCGCGCCUCGACAAGCGGCCAGUGCUGCAGGACGUGGGCGGCGUGGUGCGGCCUGGCGAGCUGCUCGCCGUCAUGGGGCCCUCGGGCUGCGGCAAGACGACGCUGCUCAACUGCCUGUCGGGGCGCACAAGGCUGGACGCGGGAAGCAUCCGCCUCAACAAGGAGCCGCUCAGCAAGCGCUGGCAGCGCCGCAUCUGCUACGUGCUGCAGCAAGACAUCUUCUUCCCGGACCUCACGCUGCGCCAGACGCUCGAGUACGCGGCCCGCCUCAGGCUGCCGGACAGCAUGCCGUACGCGCAGAAGAUGCAGUACGUGGACCACAUCGUGGACGUGCUGGACCUCGGCAGCUGCCAGUACACCAUUAUCGGCGACUACAUCAACCGAGGUCUGUCGGGCGGCGAGAAGAAGAGGGCGAACAUCGCCUGCGAGCUGCUGACCAACCCCUCCCUCAUGCUGCUGGACGAGCCGACGUCCGGCCUGGACUCGCACUCGGCCUACAGCCUCAUGUGCAGCCUCAAGAGGUACGCCGAGAAGGAGGGCAAGACGGUGGUGGUGACGGUGCACCAGCCGUCCUCGCAGAUCUUCCACAUGUUCGACAAGCUGCUGCUGCUCUGCAACGGCCAGACGGCGUAUUUUGGACCAAUUCAAAAAGUGGUGGACUUCUUCAGUAAUAUUGGCUUGACUGUAAUGCCGCAGUAUAAUCCAGCUGAUUUUAUACUGGAGCAAGUCAAAGGGAGCGAAGAGAUGAAGGAGAAGAUCAUAGCGGCUUCCAAAGAGGCGAGGAGGCUACCUGACUACCCUCAGGAACUCUUGCCAGAAUACUACACGAACUCUGUUACCAUCUGUGAUAAAUACCUCAACAACUACCAGGAGAGCCAUCUCCAAAACAACGGCCAUGCCAUUAGCAACAAUGGUUGCCAUUGCCAGAGGGAGUUGUGGUCUGGGUCGAGGAACGACCACACCACGUCCCAUCACAAAAUCGCAGCUAAAAAACCUGUAGACAUGUGUGUCGUCGACAGUGGGAAGCAAAACAAUGUUUACACAACAAUAGUGAUGAAGGACGAGGAAGGGAGGACGCUCUGGCAGGACAAUCACAGCCACGCGUCGUCCUCGGUCAGCAGUUCCGACGACGACGUCAGCUGGCAGUGGCCCACCAGCUUCUGGACACAGUUCAAGGUGCUAUCCCAACGGAACUUCCAGGAGGCCAGGCCACGCAUGCUGUCGAAGCUGAACUGGGUGCAGACCAUCGGCCUGGGCGUGCUGGCGGGGCUGCUGUGGUUCCAGCUGGAGCGGCGCGAGGAGUCGCUGCACGACAUCCAGGGCUGGAUGUUCUUCUCCACCACCUACUGGAUGCUCUUCUCGCUGUUCGGCGCGCUGUCCUCGUUCCCGCCGGAGCGCGAGGUGAUCACGAAGGAGCGGCUGUCGGGCGCGUACCGCCUGUCGGCCUACUACCUCGCCAAGAUGGUGGGCGAGCUGCCCCUGACGGUGACCUUGCCCACCGUGUACCACCUCAUCUCCUACCCCAUGCUGGGCCUGCACAGCCCGGCCGUGUUCCUCACGCUGCUCGGCUUCCUUCUGCUCAACACCGUGGUGGCGCAGAGCGUCGGGUUCUUCGUGGGCGCGUCGUGCAUGGACAUGCAGGUGUCCAUCACCAUCAGCGCGCUCUACACGCUCGCCACGCAGCUGUUCGGCGGCUACCUCGCCACCAACAUCCCGCCCUGGCUCAAGUGGCUGCAGUACCUCAGCAUGGUGCACUACGCCUACCAGAACAUGCAGAUCGUCGAGUUCGGGGACGAGUCGCCCAUCAGGUGCGGCGCUCACACCAAGUUCAAAGCCUGCGAGAAUAAAACAGUGACCAACAUUCCUAUAGUGGACAUCCUGGAGGCUCAGGGCAUCAGCCUGCCUCUGUGGGCCAACACGCUGGUGCUAAUCGUGUUCCUGCUGAUAUUCCGAAUACUCGGCUACAUCGUGCUGAGGUACUUCCGUCGCCCCAAGUGACGCGUCGGGACUGCCACUUGACGUUCGUCGGCGGACUAGAAUUAAAGGAAAAUGGCUGUGUUUAUUAUAAUUUUUGUUCAACAACAAUUCUGUUUUUUUUUUUUUUUUAAGUGAACGUAUCGACACUACUUGUGCGGAGUGUUUUCUUCCUUAUGCGCAUUAGGGAAAAAAAUAUAUAAUAAUCACCAUUUUGUCUGCGUUGCUGUGGUGUCAUUCCUAAUUGAAGAGUGAUUUUUUUUCCACGUGAGAAACUGACUUCGUAGUGCCUUCGGACAAGAAAAUAAUGUGCCAAGAAUACGCAGAAACUGCACUGCCGAGUGAAAAUUAUCGAAUGGAAUGGUGCCGAGUGUUUUUUGAUGUUUAGAAUCUGUGUUACGUGAUUAGUUUCAACUACCUGAUGGCACAUAAUUUUUCGUGCAAACAAAUUUAACAUGUCUAGAUAAUUGGUUUGUAAAAUUAAGUGUUCUGUUUUUAUACCCUACAGUGCUUGACAUGUGUGUUUUAAGGUCUAUUUGUGCCCUUGAGAGCAAUUAAUCCCACCUCAGCACAGGCUACAGUAACCACAGCAGCAAUUUAAGUAUUCUGUUUUACCACACACUACGUAUCUCUAUGUUACCGUGAUAUGGGAAUCAAUGACACAAUACCGUACCACAGCCACCACGUAAAGUAUUUCUGUUCAGAACAAUUUAAGAUUAACUAAAUGCAAGGUUGGCUGCUUGGUAUGAAUUAUAGUUAUCUAUAUGCAUCUCUGUAUAAUAAUAAAUAUUUACCUCCUGUAUAUGAAUGCUGUCUGUGUAUACCUUUUGUCAUCUUGUUAUAGUUAUGAGCUUAAAUCCAAUCAAAUAAUAGGACUUUAAAGACAUUUCACAAGUAAAAAUUGGUAUGGAUGAAAAAAAAAAAAGUGUGUAUGGAAAAUACGUUAAUUAUGUCCAGUGAAAUUUAUUUUCAUCAAACACUUGAAAAUAAAUAAGUAACUGUGUAAUUAAUCAAAGAGUCAAGUUGCAAUAUUAUAUAAAUAUAUAAAAAUGCUAAUUUAUUUUUUCAAGUGAGUGCAUAUGAACGUAAGUGAAGUGUUAUUUGUGAAGCUUGCAGUACUACAAAAGUAUGUUCACCAUGUGUAUUAUUACCUGCCUGUACCAGUUAUGUUGUGAAAGGUAAAAUAUUCUAUUGCUGUUUUAUAUGUUGAGACUUGAAUCAGAGUGCUAAGAUACAAACCAGAUCUUUCUUCAAAAGAAAGUCUUAAAUUUAAACACUAAGUAACCAAAAAGUAUCCAUUUACAUGAAAAUUAUACAAGUGAUUUUAGAAACUUAACAUAAUUGUACUUUUACUUGCAUACUAUUAUUUAUGUAUUGUGUAUGUUGUUAUUCUUCCAUUACUGUGCGAUUUCAUACAACUACCUACCAUCAUUUAGUUUGUUUACUUAGUGACUUUCAUUCAAAAAGACAGAAAAAAGAAACAGCUGCCCUAGUCUCAUAGUGUUUUUGAAAGCAAAGCUGCUGAAGAUGCUAUUUAUAUUCAAUAAACGAAAUUGCGUUUAACAAA